GUUACAAAGGCAAUACCUGCCAACUGAACUCGCUUGUACUACUCCAAUGUAAACAAGGUCUUAAGUAACAAACAUGAUGCAAAGACAGUAAUAAAGAGGAGGUAGUGAAGUGAAAAACUGCAACAUGUUCCAAGACAUAACACAGGAAGUGUUCAGGACAAGCCCACAGAGCAAUCCCAGACAAUUGAACUACGGUGUUGCUGUUACAGAUGUGGAUAAUGAUGGUGAACUUGAGAUUAUUGUUGCAGGGUAUGAUGGUCCUAAUUUGGUACUGAAAUAUAAUAAAGAAGAGGGUCAGCUAAUGAACAUAGCUAUUGAUGACCCAAGGUCACCGUUUUAUGCCUUACGAGAUGAUAAAGGGCAUGCCAUUGGAGUAUGCGCUUGUGAUGUAGAUGGAGAUGGCAGGGAAGAAAUAUACUUCUUAAAUACCAAUGAUGCCUAUUCUGGGCUGGCAACCUACUCAGAUAAACUGUUUAAAUUUAGGAAUGGUCGGUAUGUGGAUAUUUUAUCAGAUGAAGUAAAUGAUAUUGCAAGCUUUUUUGCUGGACGAUCAGUUGCUUGUGUCGAUCGUAAUGGAACAGGGAGAUAUGCCAUUUAUCUGGCAAAUUAUGCAAAUGGUCGAAUUGGAGCUCACUCGCUUAUUGAAAUGGACGAAAGUCGCAGCAACGUAUCCAAGGGAAUGCUGGCUCUAAAAAAUGUUGCAGGAGAAGCAGGUGUUGAAAAACUGACAGGUGGCCGGGGAGUACCAGUAGGACCAAUACUAAGCAAGGAUGGACGAAGUGAUAUAUUUUGUGAUAAUGAACAUGGCCCCAACUUUCUAUUUAAGAAUAAUGGCAAUGGAAAAUACACAGAUGUGGCAGCUCAGUGCGGAGUUUCUGAUGCAUACCAGCAUGGGAGAGGUGUGAUGCUUACUGAUUUUGAUGGUGAUGGGAAAUUAGAUAUUGUGUAUGGCAACUGGAAUGGACCCCAUAGAAUAUUCCUACAGACAGAUGAUGAUGAAGGGCAGCCAAGAUUUAGAAACAUUGCAACAGACGAAUUUGCUGAGGCCUCCCCUAUAAGAACUGUCAUAGCUGCCGACUUCAAUAACGAUGGUAAUCUCGAGAUUUUACUCAACAAUAUAGCCUAUCGUGGUCCUGCUCCAAACAGACUAUUUCAGGUGGUUCAUGGUAUAAAUGGACAAGACCCAACUAUAAAUGAAAUUCACAUAGGUGAUGCCUUAGAACCAUAUGGCCGGGGUACAGUUCUUGUUUUCAGGUUUGAUGAGCAGUUGAAGUCCCUUGUGUAG